AUGCAUAAUUUUAUGGUAAGAAUUAAAGCAAACAAUGAGGAGGUAAACGAUUUUAUAAAAUGUUUAUUUAUAGAAACUUUUUGUAAUAGUAAUUUUGAUGAUGACAUCAAAUUGGAUACUCAAAAAAAGAAUCAGAAACAAGAGAGUGAAAAAAAAAAUAGAUAUAUAAUAACUAAAAAGUAUGUAGAUAAUUAUAUGAUUCCAUAUUUGAUAAAAGCUAAUAAACAUUCAAGAGAAGAGGAAAUAAAUGAAUAUAUUCAUCCAUAUGACGAUGACAAUAAUAAUAAUAAUGAUAAACACAAUAAUAGUCAUUGUUUUGAUAUGUUUAAAUAUAUUUCUUGUGAUAUAAAUAUAAGCUCUAAAAAUGUUGUAACUAAAUGUAGGAAUAUCAUAGAUAAUGAUGGUUUUAAUAAUAGAAUACAAUUUGAAUUAUAUGGAUCACAAAUAUAUUUUAAGAAUAUGAUAAACGAGAAAUAUAAAAUAAAAUAUAAUAAAUAUAAUAAAGAAUAUAUAGAAUAUAAUAUAAAAGAUAAAAGUAUUUUACUUAUAUAUGGUGAUUGGUAUAUGUGUGAUAAUUUGAUGAAAAAUAAAAGUCCAAUUAUUUCUAUAAAAGAUUUAUAUGAAUAUAUUGAAGAAAAUAUAAAAAAUAUUAAUGACAUAUUUAAUUGUAUGAAUGGUAGUUUUAUUUUAUUUUACAUACAUUAUGAUAAAACAAAUAUAAAUGUUUAUUUUUUUAAUGAUAAAUUUGGUAUGAAAUCUUUUUUAUAUUUUUAUGAACAAAAAUCAAUAAUAUUUACAAAUAUGUAUGGUCCUUUUAUUAAUUAUAAUUUUAAUUAUAUUCAAAUUAAUAAAAAUGAAUAUAUAUUUGAUGAUAUGUCUAUAAAAGAUGAUAUUAAUCUCAUACCUACAUAUGACAUAUUUGCACAGCAUCAUAAUAAUAUAGAAAAUAAUUUUUUCAUACAUAAAAAAAAUUCUGAUGAUAAUUUUAAUAAUAUUAAAUUUAAAUAUAUUCUUAAUAAAGAAAAAGAAGAUCAUACAUUUCAAAAGAGAACAAUAAAUGAAGAAAUUGCUAUAAAUAUUAUGCCACAUUAUAUAUACAACUUAAUACUUUUAAAUGAUAAUGUAACUGACAAAAAAACAAAUAAUGAUAACCAUAAGGAGAAUAAUAUUUUUAAUAAUGAUAACCAUAAGGAGAAUAAUAUUUUUAAUAAUGAUAACCAUAAGGAGAAUCAUAUUUUUAAUAAUGAUAACCAUAAGGAGAAUAAUAUUUUUAAUAAUGAUAACCAUAAGGAGAAUAAUAUUUUUAAUAAUGAUAAACAUAAGGAGAAUAAUAUUUUUAAUAAUCAUAUCAUGCUAAUAAAAAUUUAUAAACAAUAUUGUAUUUAUGAUAAUUCAUAUUAUCAAUGGAAACCAUCUGAUGUAGAUCAAUUUAAUAUUUUAAACUUUCAAGAUAUAUUACUUUAUUUUGAAAAAAAAAAUAUCUUUAAUAAACAAGAAAAAAUAUACUUUUUACAUACUAUAAACAAAAUAAUACAAGAUAUAAAUGAACACACUGUUAAACAAAAAGAAAAUACAACAUUCUCUCAAAAUAAUAAAAAUAUUAUUCAAUAUAUAAAACUAAAUAAUGUUUUUAUUAACUUAUUCAUUAUCUUAUUAAAUCAUAUUAUAAGUCAGAAAAUCAAACAAUUUUUUCACCUGACUUGUUCAGGCAAAAAGCAAGACAAAAUGGAAAAAAUAAAAAAAAAUAAAAAUAAUGAAGAAAAUAAAAAUAUUGAUGCAAACAUAAAAAUUGAUGCUAACAUUAAAAUUGAUGCUAACAUUAAAAUUGAUGCUAACAUUAAAAUUGAUGCUAACAUAAAAACUGGUGCUAAUUCUGAUGAGUCACAUAUAAAUAACAAUAUGAAUGUCAGGUAUUAUCAAUAUAAAGAAAAAAAAGAAAGAGAAAAAUGCAUAGGUAUAUUUUUUUCUGGAGGUAUUGAUUCAACCCUUUUAACUAUAUUAACCAUAAAAAAUUUCUUUCAUUUUUAUGAAGAUGGAUAUAUUGAGCUUGUUAAUGUAGUAUUUAAUAUAAAUGCGAUAGAUAGAUAUACUUGUUUUUUGUCUUAUGAAAAAAUAAUUAAUAUAUUUCCUAAUUAUGAUAUUCGAUUGAUUCUUAUUGAUGUAUAUGCAGAUGAUUUAUUAAAAUAUGAGAAAAUUAUAUAUUCGCUUAUAUCUCCUAAUAAUAAAAUUAUGGAUUAUAAUAUAUCGUCAGCAUUAUUCUUUGCUAACAUGGGGAGAGGUUUUUUAUGUCCUCGUAAAUUUUUUGAAUCAGAUGAAUGGCAAAAUAUAAAAGAAGAGAAUAUUAUGGAUGUAUUAAAUAUAAGUGAUAUAAGUACGAGUGACAAACAUACUAGUGAUAAUAAUUUAUGUGAAGAAAAUUCUUUUGACAAGAAAAUAAUUGUAAAAGAAAAAAGAAAGAAAGAGACUACAUCAUCUAAAAAUAUAAAUAUAUUAUAUAAAUGUAGGAUAUGUAAAUAUGUAAUGAAUAAAAAAUGUGUUCAUAAAUGUUGUUCUAUGUGUUGUAAAAAACUACGAUAUAUAUGUAUCAAUGAAAGGAUGGAUGAUAAUAUUGAUAAUCAAACUGAUUCAAAAAGAUGCGAUAAUAUUAAUAAUAAUGAUGAUGAGAAGGAUUUCAUCGGGAUGUAUGAAAUCCACUAUAAUAAACAAAAUAGAAAUAAAAAAAAUAUUUAUUUAAUUGUUAAAAAAGAAAGAAUACUCAUCAACUUUGAAUUAUUUAGAGAAUGCGUAAUACAUAAAGAUAAAUUAUAUGAUUAUAAAAAAAUAGGACAGCUCUUUGAAGAAUUUAAUAAAGAAUUAAAAGAACAGAAAAUAAAAAAAAUCAAAAAAACACAAAAUGAAGAAUAUAAAGAAAUAAAUGAACAUGGAGAAAUUAUAAAAAAUAAUAAACAUUUGUCAUGUGAUGAAGAAUAUAAAGAAAUAAAUGAACAUGGAGAAAUUAUAAAAAAUAAUAAACAUUUGUCAUGUGAUGAAGAAUAUAAAGAAAUAAAUGUACAUGGAGAAAUUAUAAAAAAUAAUAAACAUUUGUCAUGUGAUGAAGAAUAUAAAGAAAUAAAUGAACAUGGAGAAAUUAUAAAAAAUAAUAAACAUUUGUCAUGUGAUGAAGAAUAUAUAGAAAAAGAUUUUAUUGAUCAAUUUGCAUGUGACAAAGCUGAUAAAAAUGAAAAACACAACAUUGAAAAAAUAAAAAAAUUAUUUUCGUCAAAAGAAAGUAAAAAAAUCAAUCAAAAUAAAAUGUUUAUAAAUGGUGACCCUAUAUAUGAUGAUUCUAAUGAAGACAGUAAUGAAAAUGAAAAAAAAAAAAAAAAAAAAUUUAUUCAUAAUGAUGACCAUUUGAAUUAUUUUAAUAAAAAUAUGUAUUAUCCAUAUGAUAAUAAAGAAGAAAGAGAAAAAUCUUUUUAUAUUUGUAAUCAUGAAUUAUUAAUAAUAGGUAGUGGGGCAGAUGAAUUAUUUGGAGGAUAUUAUAGACAAAAUAAUUUUAAUAAAAAAUUAGCAAAAAUAAAAAAAAAUUAUAAAAUGUGUGAGAUGAUUAAAGAUAUUAGAAGAAUCUGGAUAAGAAAUUUAUAUCGUGAUGAUCGUGUUAUAUCAUUUUCAAGUUUAAAAAAAAAAUAUAUUUUUUAUCCAUAUUUAGAUAUGCUUAUGAUUAAUUUUUUAUUUUCUUUACCGUUUUGUAUUAUUGAAAGACCCAUAGGAUAUAUUAUAAAAAAUGAAGAUAACAUAAAAGGAGGAAAGGAAAAUAAAAAAUUAAAUUAUGAUGAUAAAGAAAUUCUUCUGAUAGAAGAAGAAAAGGAAGAAUUAUAUAACAUAUUAAAUAAAAAAUAUAUAGAUGAGGAUAUUUUAAUAUAUUAUGAAGAACAAUACAAUUAUAUUGAUUCAUAUAAAUUGAAUGAAUGUUAUAAUAUAUAUGAACGUAUGAAAACUCAAAAAAUGAAUAAAUGGAUUCUUAGGAUGUCUAUUUAUUUUUUAAAUUUUAAAGACAUUAUGUUUUUUAAAAAAAAAGCUAUACAAUUUGGUUCCAAAUCAAAAAAUAUAAAAAGAUAUAUGAAAGAGUUUUUAUCUUUAUCUUUAUCUGCUGAAGAUGAUCAACAAAAUUCAAGGGAUGUUUUAACUGAAAAAAGUGGAAGAGACAAUUACAUAUUAUUAUCAUAA